CUGCUUGGAAAUCAGUCGCCUGUCUUUGCCCGAGCGGAGAGAAUCUCGAAUCUCGAAUCGCUCGAACCGACUUUUUCGAGGAUUUUGGCUUCUGGGUGAUUGUGUGCUGUGUGGUGAGCAGCCAGAAAAUCGCAGAGCGCAGAAAUCGAAUGGGAAAUCGAGAACGAAGGAAUAUAAAAUAAAAUAUGGCCGAGGGCGAGAUGUGAAAAUGGAAAUGUGAAAAUGCCAGUCCAGGCCAUCGUCGAGUGACCACGAAAAUUGCAGUUCCCCCACUAAUUCGUAUUCUUACAACAAAAAAAAACAAAACGAAAGCAAAGCACAAGCAAAACAUUUUCGGGGCGAAAAAAGAAAUAUAUAUACAAAUAUACACACAUUUCGAUUCCAAUUCUAGUGGCAAAAAUUCGUAUGUACUCGUCGGUUGCUCCUCAAAAUACAUACAUACACACACAAACGCGUCCCCCUUUUCCCGCCCACCCAAUUCGCCACCCAAAUUCUCAAAGAAAAUACGUGUGUGUGCUUGAGUGAAAAUAUGAACGGAAGAGCUGGCGAAACAAUACAAAAUAAAAUAAAACAAAAUCAAAUAAUAUAGAUAGCUAGAUUAAGGCGAUGGUCAACAAAGGAACAAAAGCAGCUGACUUGUGACAAGUGCAACGACCAAACAAAAAUCUACAUGUUGCAGCUGUUGCAGCAGCAACAUCAUUGCAAGUGGAGAAAAUCACGCAUACGCCCCAUCCGCCCAUCGGGCCAAACAAUGCGCUCCACUUAGCCAAGUUGCGUGUCAAACACACUUGUUUGGAUAUGUAUAUGUAUAUCAGUGUAAUGACUAGCCCAAGAAAUAAAUAAAGGCCAGAAUAACCAGAGCCAACAACAACUACGGGGGCAGCUCCAGCUGCUCAUAAAUUUCGUAAUCGUAACGCUUGUGAAAUGUGCCCCUUGGUGCACGGGGCCAUUGAAUCGCUAGAUUUUUGCCCAUGAAUCCAGAGUGGAAUAUGUAAAUGCCGUAGGCGCCACCACCAACAAAUAGUUCGCACCAACACCAAACGCCCCCCCAAAAAAACCCAGGACCCAAAAACCCACGCGAAAUCAGGAUCCCCGAUAGGUUUAAGUACUCGAAUAGUUAUCUGAAAAAUCGAAAAGAAUUUAUGGAAUUUUUGGGCAUGUAAAAGUUCCCAAGGAAAACCUGAGAAAAAAAUAAAACAAAACGAAAACUAAAACUAAAGCAAAAACCAAGAGCAGCAGGAGAGAGAGAGAGGGAGGCAAAGAGCGCCAAAGAGUGGGAACCUUCGAUAAAAAAUUAUUAGCAAAAACAUAAAUACGUAACGGCCUCGUUCGUUCUCCCUUUGCCUUUCCUCCAAGGAAAUAUAAAUCCGAGCAAGAGAAGUCGAAUCGAAGAAAAGAGCACGAGAGAGAGAGAGAGCGGGUGAGUGGGUAGGUCAGUGGCAGUGGGCGGUCCGCCAGCUGGGGCACCAGCACCACCAUCACCCCCCACUUUCACCUCCACCUCCACCACCAGCGUCAACCUCAACUUUCAAAGGGCAGGUAGCGGCAUGUCCUGCACCGUUUCGGAGCUGCCCAGUGGCUGUCGAUUACGCGGCAUGACUGCAUCCUCACAGCAAAGUGCUGCCAACAAUAGUGGCAACAAUGGCAAUGGCAACGGCGGUGGCGGAGGAGUAGGCAUCGUUGGGGGCGGCGGAGGGGGCGGCAGCUUGGGCGGAGUAUCGCCCACCGUGGGCGGCGGCAGCGUGGGAGUCGGCUCCACGGCCAAUGUCCUCCAGGAGUCCAAUGCGGCCACGUUGCAGCGUCCCCAGUCGCAGAAGCCGUGCUGUUUCUGUUGGUGCUGCUGCUGCUCCUGCUCCUGGGGCAAAUGUCUGGCCAUCAAGAAUGCCGAUGAAAAUGCGCCCACGAAGCGAGAUCUCGUCAAUGCCGAGUUCCUAGAUGGCGAGCAACCCACACUGGAGGAAAUCCGCAGCUGGGGCAAGAGUUUCGACAAGCUGAUGAAGAGCACAGCUGGUCGAAAGGUGUUCCAGAACUUCCUGCGCAGCGAGUUCAGCGAGGAAAACAUCCUGUUCUGGCUGGCCUGCGAGGACCUCAAGAAGGAGAGCAGCGCGGAGCUGGUGGAGGAGAAGGCGCGCCUCAUCUACGAGGACUAUAUCUCGAUCCUGUCGCCCAGGGAGGUGUCGCUGGACUCGCGGGUCCGCGAGAUCGUCAACCGCAACAUGAUCGAGCCCACGACGCACACCUUCGACGAAGCUCAAAUCCAGAUCUACACACUGAUGCACAGAGACUCAUAUCCGAGAUUCCUAAACUCGCAAAAGUUCAAGACACUCGCUCAACUGCAAGACAACUCGAAUGCCGGCUCCAAGGCGGAUAGUCCCACUUAGAGAGUUUCGCCUGGGCCUCUUCGGAUCCCGGAUCGGACUUUGAGCCUAUUCAGUUGCGCUGUAUUGACUUCCGUUGUUGCUCUCCAUGGGUUUUUCUCUGGUUUUCCGCCCCGCCGCUGCUGCAAUCGACUAAGCAAUAUGUAUCCAUUAGUAGAACCAUUUAAGCAGCCCCGAAAUCGCGAAUUUCCGGAUCCCGGAGGGGCAGGGAAGCCAGACGAUGUGCAUUAUGCGUAAAAAGGAUUCCUGCUCUGCCUACGUUCUAGUCGUUAACAAACCAAAGAGUCAAGCACAUACACUAAGGAGCUGGUUUGACCACAGAAAGCAUUUUCCAAAGAAAACAAAAAAAAACCAAACCAAAAAAAUAACAACCAGAAAGCUAAUACGAAACGAGCGACACAAAUAGCAUCUAUUGUAAUACUAGUGAUCUAAGAGACGUAUUAAUCAAAUUGCAACAAAGAUUACGGAACCCGCUAAACGAUAAGUAAAUUUAAACGUAAUCAGAAACCGCAACGUAACAGAAAUACUUUUUCCAAAAAAAAAAAAAAAAAAAAUGAAACAAAACAAAAAAAUCUUUUUAAACGUAUUACAUAAAUUUAUAAAAUUAUAUAUACAAACCAGCUUAUAUAUAUAUACGGAUAUAUAGAGACAUUUAACGUGACUAGUUUUGAAAUCGUUUUAGGUCAUACGAGUAAUGACAUCGAAGCAUUUUGUAAAUACCACAGCAGACGGCAACACUUUCUACUUUCUUAUGAUAAACCAAUGAGGAUCAAGUCCUUUCUUAAGCAAAUCUUACAAGCCCCAUCUUGAGCUGUACUUUGAGCCAGACCAGAACAGACCAUAUUCCCUAUAAAGUCUUUACCGAAACCAAAACAAACGCAUAACUAACGUGUACUAUAUGAUUUCGAUGUCGAGCUGAUUUCCAAGCCGAAAGAAGAACGUUUCGCAAUAUCACUGCCAACAAAGAACAAAAAAAUCAGAACUUCGCAAGAGAUAUAUCCUCUCAAAAUGUAUUAUGCAAUUGUUUUUUUUUCGAGAAGCGGAAGUUCCAAGAGUUUCCCCUAUAUUACCCCGAUUCUGCAUUAAAAACUAUAUAUCGAAAAACAGUAUUACAAAUAACAACAAAAAAACAAGCGAAACACAAAAGUAUGGUUACAUUUAAAUUUUAGCAAAAAAGUUGUCGAAUUGAAAACUAAAAACAUUAAAAAAAAACCAAAACAAAGAGUUUAUAAGUCGAUAAACACAGAACAAGCAGGUGGACUUUUGGUUCGAGCCCUGGCAAAAAGUUAACAAUGAAUUUUAAAUCUUAUGUUAGUUUACGUUUGACCUUUGACCUUAUGUUGGCUGUUUUUUGAGGCACAAUAUUAAAGUACAAUUUUCAUGUGCGUACCUAUGUUGCGGGGAGCAGGGAAUGUAUUUUCGUAGCUAGUUGGUGUGCCUAGUUUUAAUGCAUCUAUCGACACCAAUUCUCACAUGAACAUGAACAGAAAAACACACAUUAACUUUACUAGCAUUUAAGCAUUUUCCAGUUCUCCUUAGAAAAACAUUUACCAUUUUAUUUCUUUGCAAAUCAGUGAUUUAUCCAUUUUAUUUUAAAGCUUAGUUGUUGAACAGGGCUAAAACAGAUAUCUAUAUAAAUUUAGUAUCAAAGCUUAAAGGUAAAUAAUUGCUUUUGAAAUGUCUGAGAUUUUUGGACAGCCCCCACAUAAGUUCCUAUGUUUUUUAUAACAGUUCUGACCCGUUUCAAGAUCCGAUUUCCGAACUAAAAAAAUCACAGCCUCAUACUUCCGAUUCAGUCCCUAAAAACUUGACUUUUACGCGUCACUCAGGCUGCUACUUGGAAUUGAGAAUUCGACAACCGCUUUUGCAUUAUUAAAGGUGGCGGGGAUCGGCUGAUCGGGGCCCCAAAAACAAAACAAUGUCUGUUUCCAUGGUUUGUUAAAUUAAUUUUAGGCAUUCAGGUAAGGCACAACAAUGUCCUGGCUAAAAAGGACGCGCGGAGCGAAGAAAUAUUUAAUUGUGAAUGUUUCUCUUCGGUUUCUUACUUUGCAGAACGGACAGAUAUAAGACUUUUUGAACCAAAAAACAAAAUAUAUAAGUACAUUUAA